GGUGACGCCUGUACCUGAUAAACACGCACGCGGAAUCAGAACCUGUGAAAUAGACUGCAUUGUCCUUAUGAAAUAAGAGGAUUCAGACAUUCCAAGCUACCAAGAUGAUGGACAUGCAGGAGAUCAAGGAGCGCCGCCCUCGCUUGCAGCGCGAUGUAGACGACGACGAUGAGACAAAGCAAACGGAGACGGACCCUAUGGUGGCCAAUAUCCCGGAACCGCGGCGCUCUCAGACUGAGAUCUGGUUGCGCUUCGUGAUGGACAAGAUCUGGUCCGUAGCGUUCUUCAUUGUGGCGAGUUUGGGAAUCUAUGAAGCGGGUUUUGUAUCGGAUUUACUGCACGCGCCGCAUGCCAAUCGUAGUUUUGUGCACCUGGGCAUCUUCUUCGGAACGCUACUGGGUGUCUUUGGCUGCUACAUCGAGGUGUACCGUAGCAUGAUCCUAGGUGAGCGAGUGCACUAUGAGAGCGCCAAGACAGCGACGCACGGGAUGCUGGUUUCGAUGCUAGCGUCGGGGUUCUGUUUGGCAGUUGGGAUGUGGCCUGUGUGGCACUGGUUGACGUUGCCGUACCUGUUCAUGUGGUCCUGGGGCGUCGUGGUACAGCUACUGGUCAUUUUACCGUCAAUUCUGCAACGGGUAGUCUUUGUGGUCGCCUACCUCUGGUUCAUGCACUCAUACCUCUCCAAGUUCCUGUAAAGAAUUUAACAAACCAAGAAAAAAAGAUUCUAGUGCAAAAUGAUAAUGUUCAUACUAACCUAUGGAAAACUAUCGUCAUUUAUGCCGAUAGCAUCGG